AUGUCUAGAGGAACCUCUCUUCUAAAAUGUAUAACAAUAAUCUUGAUCAUCUUUCUGAAUAUUUCUGAAACAUGUUAUGCUAGGAAUAGCGAAUUUCACUACUAUGUCCGUUCUGCUUGUGGAAAUAUCCCUGACAUAAGAUACCCUUUUCGUUUAAAGACUGAUCCAAAAUAUAGUUACCUUUUCGGCUCAAAUACUGGUCCAAUGCAAUUUCCAGAAUAUGAACUAGCUUGUGAAGGUAACCAAACGGUUAUAUGGUUAUUCUCCAAGAAGUUGCACGUUCAAGCCAUCAACUAUGUUAAUCGGACAAUUCACGUCGUAGAUCCAACUUUACAAACACAAGAUUUAUGCUCUCUAUUACCUCAGCUUACCAGCCUUCAACAAUACAUGAAUAGUUCGCGUUUUCAUCCAUAUGAUAAUUACACUAAUAAUGGAUCACAGAGUAGUACUAAAAGAGUAGCAGAGCCUAUCUUCAUAUUCAACUGUCCAUUUGCUGUUAAUAACUCGACAUUUGUGGAAAUUAGUGGCUGCAAAUUAAGCAGGUACACUUAUUUAAAGAUUGGAGAAAUGAGUGCAUCUGAAGUUAGCGAUGGAUGCAAAGUGGAAUUUAUAGCCAUGACCUCUUGGCCUAAUAUUAAAAAUGACAGCAACAUUUCCCUUUCUGAUCUUCAUCAAGCAUUCAUCUAUGGGUUUGAGCUAAUUUAUCAUCAGAAUCUGGAAGUCACAGAAAUGAUUCAUUUAAGUAAGGACGACAUGUCUGUUUACUUAUUCAAUUAAUAUUCGUUAGCAAAACAAAGAAUUCACUACAACUUAAAUUUUAUGUCUUUGUAGGUCUUUUUCAAUGGUUUAUCUGUAAGUUCAUCUUU